UGGUGUCAAGAGGCGGGGUGGUGUCCGCGCUGCGGGGGAUGGAGAGGCGAGUUCUACCUCUCCAAGGGGCAGGAGGGCGAGGGGCUGGGCUCCGGUGGGGAUCAGGGCUCCGCCUCCAGCUCGGCAACACCCCGCCUUCUCUGCUUUCUGUUAGCGUCGGGCGUGCAAGCCUCGGUCGGGUCUCGGUUUAGGCCCCGCCCCCUACCGCCAGCCCCGCCCAGCCCCGCAUCGGCCCCGCCCCCUCCCAGGCCCCGCCCCUCCCCGCCUCAGCCGCGUCCCGCCCAUUCGCCGGGUCUUUUAAGUCCUGCGCCUGCGGGCCGAGUUGUGAUCCCCCUGUUGGCUGGGCGAGCGAUGCGGUCGCCGGGGAUCGUGCUACUCCUGUUGCUUCUGCUGCUUCUGCCACCUGGGGCCGCGCCGUGCCCUGCGGACUUGUGCCCCGCGCCGCCGCGCGUCAACGUGAGCCUGGAUGCAGCGCCCGCGGCGCGCUGGCUGCCGGUACUGCGGCUCUUUGACCCGGGCCUGUUGCGCGCCGCGGUAGCGCGGAUCGUGGGCGACAGAGUCCCCAAGUGGGUCCGCGAUGUGAUCGGAAAGCUGGUGGCAGAAAUGGAAAGCUUCCUGCCUCAGCCCUACACGGAGGAGAUUCGCGGCAUAAGCGACUUCCUGAACCUCAGCCUGGCUGAUGGCUUCAUUGUCAACCUGGCCUACGAGGCCUCAGCAUUCUGUACCAGUGUUGUGGCCCAAGACUCCAGAGGCCACAUUUACCACGGCCGAAAUCUGGACUACCCUUUUGGAGAUCUCUUACGCAAGAUGACAGUGGAUGUGCAGUUCUUAAAGAAUGGGCAGAUUGCAUUCACAGGAACCACUUUUAUUGGCUACGUGGGAUUGUGGACUGGCCAGAGCCCAUACAAGUUCACGGUGUCUGGUGAUGAACGAGACAAAGGCUGGUGGUGGGAGAAUAUGAUCGCCGCCCUUUUCCAGGGACACUCUCCUGUCAGCUGGCUCAUCCGCACCACCCUGAGUGAGUCAGAAGACUUUGAAGCGUCUGUUUAUAAAUUGGCCAAGACGCCCCUUAUUGCUGAUGUUUAUUACAUUGUCGGUGGCACAGCCCCUGGAGAAGGAGUGGUCGUCACCAGGAACAGAGGUGGUCCAGCAGACAUUUGGCCUCUAGAUCCCUUAAAUGGAGCGUGGUUCCGAGUUGAGACAAAUUAUGACCACUGGAAGCCAGUGCCUAAGUCAGAUGACCGAAGAACACCUGCCAUCAAAGCUCUAAAUGCCACAGGGCAGGCAAACCUCAGUCUGGAGGCACUGUUCCAGGUUUUAUCAGUUGUUCCAGUUUGUAACAAGAUUACAGUUUACACCACAGUAAUGAGUGCAGCCACCCCAGACAAGUAUAUGACUAGGAUCAGAAACCUGAGCUGAAGUGAUUUUAAAAGAAAAUUCUUCAAGAGCUGCACUUUAAAAAAUAAGACAAAGUGGAAGUAUCAUGUUAAGAACAAUACAGGCUCCUUCCUCAUGAGAACUUUCACCUGUGUGGAGUUAGGUGCAGUCACUUUGGAGUACAUCUGGGGAAGUGUAAAACAGGCAGUAACUUGCACAUCUCUCUCCUUCUGGGUUGUCUUGAUCCUCAUGAAGUUUCCACACUGGCUUGAACAACUCAAAAAUCAUUGGUUCGAGGUCAGGCCAUUUCUUCGACUUUCUGCUUAGCUUGUUAGGAUUCUGUUGCUUUAUCUGUGCUUAGCUGUUUAGAGAUCAGGAAAGGCCUCUUUGUCAUUAUGAAGUACUUCUGAGGGAGCCCAGCAGAAAAUUCUUGUACAUCUGGGAGUGUAGCUUAUGGUGGAGCACUUGCAUGUAUCAUGUAUUAUGGGGUAGGAGAUGGAAGGUGGGGUGGGAGAAGAAAAGGCUUCUACUGAAAAAAAAAAUGGGAUGGAGAAUUCUCAUUUGAAUAGAGCCAUUCAGAGGUGACCUUUGGUCAUGUAUUUUUAUGUGGCAGGAUUUUCACUUUUUAUAAUGAGUCUAAUGGAUUUUUUUCUAAAUAAACAUAUUCUUACUGCCUUUUUGUAAUAAAAUGAAACCAAAUUA